AUGUCCACUCGUCCACGCCUGCGCGCAAAGGCCGCGUGCAGGGUCUGCAAUGCUCGCCGGGUUCGCUGCGACGCCAUGGAAUCCCAACCGUGCACCAACUGUAAGGCCAGCGGCGCUGUCUGUGAAUUGAUCAAGUCGAGACGUGGAAGGUACGAGAGAGGCGCCGCCCGCUCAAGAGCCUUAGCCCAAGCUUCAACGGCCAACCGUAACGACACCACAACACUGCCAUCAUCUUUCUCCGGCUCUACAGAUAUUCAACAUGCUACGUUGGAUGCACCAUCUUGGGAGCGCCCGUCUACCACCUUCUCUACAGAGCGAGCAAACAUCGCACAUGACGAUCUGUAUUCCAGCGGCAGCUCCAAUGAGUUUCCUGCUACCACGCCAGAGACCGUCCACUCUGGGAGCGUUGACCGUGAAGGAGAGAGCACUGUUUUUCUUGGAGAAUCCAACUCCAUUUCAGCUGUCCGUGAUACUGGAACCGCAUUCAAUGACGAAGGUCGAUCUCCCGGAGAGAGAAGCAAACUUCAGUACCCUUUGACCCUUGUUCUUAGCGGCAAGGGCUUAGCAAAUGCCUACGAGUCGCGCCCGCAGGCAGCGAAAGUAAAGCAACUCAUUGAGGACAGCGCGUUUACCUUUCCGUCAGAUGAGAUUUGCAAGGUACUCUUUUCUGCCUAUUUUGCCUGGUUUCAUCCUUGCUACCCCAUCAUCGAUAGAGUCGCCUUCAGCAGAGCGUAUCGGUCAAAAACGAUAUCGCCACUUCUGCUCCAGGCCGUUUUAUUUGUGGGAACGAGUCACUGUAGCGAGAAGACUUUGCGCGAUGUAGGAGUGCCAGAUCGGCAUAGCGCCAGGAGUGACUUUUAUAAUCGGGCAAAGAGCCUCUAUGACGCCGAUUACAACACGGACAAAGUGACCGUAUGCCAGGCAUUAUUUCUCAUGAGCUUUUGGCGAGCAGGACCGCUAUUAGAAAAGGACACGAGGCACUGGCUUGGCGCCGCGAUUAGCCUAGCUCAAACAAAGGGCAUGCACAGAUCUACAACCAAUAACAACUCAGUUGACGAAACUCUCCGCAAGAAGAUUUGGUGGUCUCUUUAUGUACGAGACCGCCAAUGCUCUGCAGCCCUAGGUCUUCCAAUUCGAAUUCGUGACGAAGACUGCGAUAUUGACCUACUCGAUGUUUCGGACUUCGAUAAUGAAGACACUGAUGGUCUCGAUCCCUUCUGGGGAUCACAAAAGCUCGAGCAUGUGUUAUAUGCUGUACAAAUUACGAGACUUGCCAGAUUGCUUGGCAAGAUAGUCUUGAGAGAAUUCUCGCCGAAGAAUGGAUUAAACUCUGCCAUAGACAGGGCUACUCUCAAGGAGGAACUGAUGAAAUGGGAAGAUGAUCUUUCCCCUGAAAUGCGGUCAAACCGUACAGCAGAUUCGUUCUGGGUUAGCAUGCUGCAUAUAUCAUACAGUAAUCUUUACAUACUUUUAUAUCGUUCCGCAUACCUUGGUUCAAAAGAGAAAGGUGACCAGGAUGGCGGUAGUUUUGCGCUUCAAGCAGCUUCAAGAAUUACACGUAUAACUGAGGAUAUGCUAUCCCAAGACUUAAUCCAGCAUGGAAAUGUACAUUUAAUUACGAGUAUAUUCAACGCUCUAUGCAUUCACACUAUUCAUAUUCGUCGAUCGGAGAAUACAGCGCGAAAAUUGGCUGAAAAUAGAGCGCAAUUAUGUCUUUUAGGACUCAAAGAAUUACAGCGCACAUGGGACAUUACAAAUUGGGUACUUCAGCUCUUCUUCCAAUUUCUGGAGAAGUCCAUCGCGAAAAAGUUGCAGUCGGUCGACACAGAGGAUGUACCGUGUGAGCCUGCUGCUGCUCAUGGCCCCUCGUCUCCUCAAAAUGGUCAUCCAUAUGGUCCAGAAAAAACUACAGAUCCUUCUCAGCGUCCUGCCUUGGAGGGGACACCUCAUGUCAAUGACAGGGGUUGGAUUAAUAGGUCUGCAGAUCAAGUUAAUUCAUCAGCCGCUGGCCUAGACUUCACAGUCGACAUCUUCGGCACACAAGAAGCAGAAGAUUUCUCAAACUUUCAAUUACAACCGGAUCUAUAUAAUGGCAACAACUGGGUCAAUGGGGAUUUGGAUGAAUACUAUAAUUCUAUGGCCCCACAUCAGGAAGGCAUGGGAGUAUAA